UAUAUUUUCCAGGCUCGAAAGAGAGGUUCUCAAAGCUCGACUUCGGACGCUCGAAAGAAAAUAAGAAUUUCGUCCGAAAAGGACGACUCAGAAAGAACUUUGGUAGACCCAAUUCCUGAAGACGAGAACAUUUCUUCCAAGACUGUCGAUCCAGAUGAAGCUGCACAAGACAAUGCUAACUCUAAAGCCUCGGACAUUAACGAAGAGAAUCCACCGAUCUCUUCUGCAAAGAAACGUGCCGGGGCUGAGCCGAAUCAAGAGGAGCAACAAGCAGAAACUGACCAAGAAGAUUCUGGCUCCUCUCAAAGCGAAAGUUCGGGAGCUUCUUCUCCGACCAAAACUCAGCAAGAACAAGACAAUUCCUCGAAACCAAAGCCCCCUCCUCAAGACCUUGGUGCUUCGGCCGAAAAGUCAGAUACUGAUGAAGACCGUCAGCCUAUCCCUUCACCCAUUGCCAAAGUUUCGAAGACCCAAGAAAAAGCCCUUGAGGUUUCGAGCCCUGUUGCUGGCAAGAAGUCUCCUCAGUCCAUUCCUAUCGAAGACUUUGACGCUCUUGCUAUGGAUGACCCAGUAUUAGCCCUUGAGCAACUCAUCAGCGGUCAAGUCUCUCUUAGCACCAGUCGAAGCCAAGAAUCAUCUAUGCAAAACGAAGGCGCAAGCACUCUGAACACCGCCACCACCAUGAUCAACAAGCUGCGAUCUCUUACGUUCGAGCAAGAUCUAUUCUCUGCCCUCAACUCGAAUCCUAACUUAGGCCGAGAAAUUAAGCAACUUAUCGCUGACCUUGGCAAUGAGGACCUCACUGAUCAACAAGAAAAGGGCAUUCAAGAAUUACAAGAGUUUCUUGACGAAUCACUCUCGACCCUUGACCAAGCCAAACUUGUCGGUCAAGACUUAGCCUCCAAAUUCACUGAGUGCACACAAGCAGCUGAAUCAUUCGACCAAGCUAAAACCGAAGUGGAUUCCAUCAAAUUACUCGAAGAAGCUGACUCGAUGCAACUGAAUGAAAUUUUGAAACAGAUUGCCGAACUUCAACAACAGGAAAAAUCCCUCAAAGCCAAUCUGGCCAAGUUCAAGAAACAAAAAACCGAAGUUGCUGCCAAGGCCAUUUCUCACGUGAAAGACAAGAAUCGGCUUGAAGGCGAAAUUUCUGAGCUUCAAAACAAGAAGGCGAAGGUUGACAAGCGACUUAAGAAACUCAAGGGUCGAUAUGCUCCCAUGAAAGCCACUCCACCAUUUUAGUCUUCUUAUUUCUAUUGAUCAUGUUUUUUUUUUUUUUUACAUGGCGCCUGUGCCACUUUAUUUCCCUAUGUACUCUCUAAUAGCGUUUUCGCCAUAUUUAUUUUCAGCUUAUGCACUACAUUUCUAUAUCAAUCUUUAUCUCAUGAAUCGCUGGCUUAAACCUUUUUAAGUAUUUUCCAUUUAUCGUCAAUAUUCGAGCAAUCGUUCCAAUUUCCUCAAUCGAAUACGCGU